AUGAACAAAGUAAGCCCAGCUCAACAAGCAGCCAAUUUUAGAAGUGCAGUAAAGAAGUUGUCAAGUAUGGGGAAUGGGGAAUCAUCUUUUGAUGAUCAUCAAUAUGACUUCCAGCAACAACCCCCUUCUUAUGCAGAAAGCCAACCCCCUUCUUAUGCAGAAAGUCAACCCCCUUCUUAUGCAGGAAGCUCGAUGUUUCGUAACUAUCAACAUAAGCAGCAUCCAACUUUCAUAGCUGACAAUUUCAACUCAUUGGAUCAGGUUAUUUCUGCAUUGAGAGAAGCUGGUCUUGAAUCAUCCAAUUUAAUACUUGGAAUUGAUUUCACCAAGAGUAAUGAGUGGACAGGCAGGCAUUCAUUUAACCGGAAAAGCCUCCAUGCAAUCGGUAGCACACUGAAUCCCUACGAACAAGCAAUCUCUAUUAUUGGCCGUACUCUGUCUCCUUUUGAUGAAGAUAAUUUGAUACCUUGUUUUGGAUUUGGUGAUGCAUCAACACAUGAUAAGUAUGUAUUCAGCUUUUAUCCUGAUAAUCGCCCUUGUAAUGGUCUUGAGGAAGCUCUUACACGAUACAGACAGAUCGUUCCACACUUAAAGUUGUCAGGUCCAACUUCAUUUGCUCCGAUUAUUGAUGUGGCAAUUAACAUUGUGGAGAAAAGUGGUGAACAGUAUCAUGUUCUUGUUAUUAUUGCAGAUGGACAGGUUACCAGGAAUCCUGAUAUACCUCCUGGUCAAUUCAGUCCUCAAGAACGUGCAACUGUAGAAUCCAUAGUUGCUGCUAGUAAACAUCCUCUCUCAAUUAUUUUGGUUGGUGUUGGGGAUGGACCAUGGGAUUCAAUGCAACAAUUUGAUGAUAACAUUCCUCAGCGUGAAUUUGACAACUUUCAGUUUGUGAAUUUCACAAAAAUCAUGUCAGACAACACUGAAUCAUUGAAGAAAGAAACAGCCUUUGCACUUGCUGCCCUCAUGGAAAUUCCACUUCAGUACAGAGCCACGCAAAGACUUCAGUAUACAAACUACGAAUUUGCAGAUGGUCCACGGACAAGGCCACUUCCACCUCCUCGUGAAGUGAUUGAUCAUGAUAAUGCAGUCAAAUCAAUCCCACACAUGACGAACUUUGAACCAGCUCAACCAACAGCUCCAGUGGAACAGGUCUGCCCUAUUUGCUUGACAAACCCAAAAGACUUGGCAUUUGGAUGCGGUCAUACGACUUGCAGGGAUUGUGGGGCUAGCAUUUCAACUUGUCCUAUAUGUCGACAGCCCAUACCAACACGCCUGAGAUUGUUCACCUGA